UCACGAGUCACGAGAAAACUGGACAUGCACUCUCUCAGGCACUCCCUCGCUCGGCACUCGUCUGGACUGAUCUGAUCAUUUCUAGGUGUGCGAGGUGGAGGGAAGGGAAAUGCACUCACUCGGCCGCUCUGUGAUCUCCUCGAGUUACGACCCCCUUUUUUUUUUCGAGCAAAGUUCCAAUGGGAAGAUAACUCGUGCCUGACCAGACCCAGCGCUGCUCGUCUCCGCGCCAACUAGCACCCCCUUCUAUUCUACCAGUUUCCCAAACUCCACUAGCCAGCAAGCUAACCUCACCUGGAUCGGCGACCUGUAGUGGAAAGCCACAAUUGAGACGGCUUUAUCCUUGACGCGUCCUUAUUUAUUGAGCUUUCAUUUCCGUCACAAGUAGCGAGGUCGAACUAGCGUUUCAUCGACCGUUGGUUGGUUGCCAGCAGCCACUUCAGGUCUUAUGUGGCUAUGGAAGCCAGCAGUAGUUUUGCCGUCGCUCCGUGUAGCCUUGCCGGCCAAACCUCACUUGCCAGGCCCCACGCCGAGGGCUUUCCAAACGGUGCGGCUGACGCGCUCGGCUCCACACAACCAACUCUCGCUGCCGCCGCCGCCGCCGCCGCCGCCGCCGGUGCUGCGACGACUUCGGGUGGAAAGCUAACCACAGCAAAGCAAUCGUCAGCUGAGGCGUCCGGCGAAGACGGAGAGAACAAGUCCUGCUGCAUGCAAGGCAGCGACAACAGCAGCGUGAAAGGCGGCGACAGGGAGGAUCCGAGCGUGAGGAAGGGAUCCGGCGGCGACGGCGGCGGCAAAGCAGGCGGAGGGAUCUGGGACCUGAACCCGUCGGACUGGAGCUGGAAUCGCGGCAAGGCGAGAGUAUCAGGGGCAACGCCAGCCCUCAAUCGCGAGCGUGUGCCAUCGAAACGAGACUCUGACGAUUCCUCGCGCGUGCCGCGGUCGCCGCCCUCCGCGGAGGCUCCCCGGCAGAAGCCGCAGGCGCAGCCGUCCGUGUCACGUGCUGUCACGCGUUGCGAGCCUGGCCUUCUGUUGGGGACUGAUCCCGACGACGCGGCUGGGACAGCAGCGGCAGUAGCGGCAGCGGCAGUAGCAGCGGCAGCGGCGUCUACGGCGGCGGCAGCGGCGGCUGCGGCAGGAGUGGCGGCGAAGCGCAGUUCGCAGAGCGAGCCGAGCGAUCUGACGCACCAGGGGCAGUCGUCGCCGUCGCAUGACACGAGCGGAUCGCCGGCGAGCAACGCGGACGAGGCAGACGCGAGGAGGCAUGUGAGGGCGGCCAAGGAACGGCAAGGGGAGCAACAGAGGGAGGCCCCGCAAUGCGAGACCCCGCGGACCGGCGCAGACGCAGGAGCGGGUGGUCCGCGGCAGGGGAAGGCGCAUGCUCAGCCGUCGCCGCCGGCGCCGCAGACGCAGCAGCAGCAGCAGCGCGGAAGGCCGCAGCGGAAGCGGAAGCUGCCGGAAGGGGAGGCGGCGCAGGAGGGGAAGCUCCCCGCGGGGAAGGUUUCGCCGCGGCAAGCGCAGCCGGCGUGGCAGCAGGCGCAGAUCUUAACCGCAGCCGGGGACGUAGUGGGCUCGUGCGUGGAUAAGCGAGUGGAAACUCGCGUGCUACAAGCACCUCAAGCACCUCAAGCACCUCAAGCACCUCAAGCACCUCAAGCACCUCAAGCACCUCAAGCACCUCAAGCACCUCAAGCACUUCAAGCACCUCAAGCACUUCAAGCACCUCAGGUCCCGGCCUCAGAAGUAUGCCCGAGUGGUCCUCCUGGCGCCGACGCGUGGUUCCUCCAUGGCGUGCCGAGCAGGAGCAGGCACAUCGAGAUGGUUUCGCCGCCCCCUCCGUACGGCUUUGACGCGGGCCGCGCAGGGCAGGAGGCGUUGUUUCAUCUGCAGCUGCAGCAGCAGCAGCAGCAGCAGCAGCACCAGCAGCCGCAGCAGUUUCAGCAGUUUCAGCAGCAGCAGAUGCUGCAGAGCAUGGUUGCAGCAAGCAUGCCCGCAGGCACGUCUUCCGCAGCCGUCGCAGCCGCUACAGCCGCCGCCGCAGCUGUAGCAGGCGCACGCGUCGCGAGUGACUACUACUGCAUACCAGCCGAAGCGUCAGGAGGCGGAGCGGGGGGCGGCGGCGGAGGCGGGGGAGGCGGAGGCGGAGGAAAUCCUGGCGUAGCAGCACCGCCCCACGAAGCCUUCCUUCCGUCAUACGCGCAUUCCGUUCUCCCGCCACCGCUGGACCCGGCGCCACUCUCCCACGCCCCCCCCCAGCACCGCUUUCCCCCCCCGCUCUCAUCGCUCCCGUGGCUCCCCCCUCCCCCACACGCUCCUCCUCCUCCUCUGUACUCCUGUCUCUCCUCCCCUCUCGGCCCCACUCUCCCGCCCGGAGCACACAGACCAGAUGCGGCGAUGGCAAUGAGUGCGGGUAUGGGUGGAGGUAUGGGGGCGGGUAUGUGCGAGCAGGGCUCUCUCUACCAUCCGCACAGCAGCAGCGGCAGCGUAGGUAUGUAUUCAGCUGCGCACCUACAUCCGCAGCCGUUGAGUAUGCUCCCUGGGUUCAUGCCGCUCCCUGCAAUCGUUCCCUUCCCCUCUGCUGCCACUGCUGCUGCUGCGGCGGCUGCUGCUGCUGCUGCGUUCCGGUCCGCUGUGCAGACUGCCGCCGUCCCCACUUCCGCCAUCUCCCCUUCCGCCAUGCCCGCCCCCGCCAUGCCCAGUCCGCAAGCAGUGUGGCAGCAGCAGCAGGUGCAGGCGCAGGCGCAGGCCAGCAUGAGUGGCUUGCUGCCAGCAGGGAGGGCAGCCACGGGACCUUUCCCUAACCCUCCCUUUCAGCAGCGGCAGCAGCAGCAGCAGCCGCUCAGGCGAACUCACCAUGUGCCGAUCGCCCCAGCUGCCCCUAAGCACUGCGCAAGCAAAGAAACUGCGGGUAAAGGGACUGCUGCAAGAGAUACCUCUACCGACGCCGAUAAUUUUCCAGGCGUUGCUGCUGCCGCUGCCAAGGGGGGUGCCGAGUGUGCUAGGGCUGAGCAGGGGCCAGAGGGGUCAGAGGGGUCUGAGUGCCCAGGGGGUUCAAAAGGAGCAGAGGGUGCAGUCAAAUGGCGCAAGGCGGGGGGUUCUACUGGUCAUUCUGAGCCAUUGUCGAUGCCGUGCCAUGGCAGCAGGUCAGGUGUGAGUGGUAAGCUGGCACGCAGCGCUCAUGCAGCCGCAGGUGGAGGCAGGGGCAGCAAGAGAGAUAGUGGUAGUGGUGAUAUUGGUGGUGCUUGCGCUCUUGUGGGUAGCUCGAGUGCCAGUAGCUUGAGUGGGUUGCUCGGCCUGGCUCCUUGCAUUAGUACUGGUGCCAUGGCUGCUGCUGCUGUGGCUGUGCCUGCUGCUGGUGCUUCUGCUCCUGCUGCUGCUUACUUCACGUCUACUCUUCCCGCUGCUGCUGCUGGUGCUACCGCACGUGCAGUUUCUGUUCCCGCACCUGCUGCUGCUGCUGCUGCUGCUGCCGAUACUUUAACUGAAGAAGCUGUGGGUGGUGGUGGUCCUGGUUCAACUGCAGCACGGGCAGACCCACGGCCCGUGCACCUAGAUUGCCAUGGCGCUUCACUGCCAUCAUCACUCUCUUCCCCUCAUCACCUUCCCCCUCCUCCUCCCCCUCCCGCUCCUCAUGCCCCAUCUUCCAUCACUCAACCCUCUAUGCUCGGCCGAGAGUAUCUCGACUCUCUUUACAGCUGGUUCCCUGAUCCUGCUGCGCUUUUCAGCAGCAGUAUCAGUCUCACAAGCAGUGGUAGCAGUGAUAGCAGCGGUAGCAGUUGCAGCCGGAUGGCAGGGGAUCAGGUGUCGGCUGCGCUCGCAGCUGUGCUUGCAUAUACUGUCGGAAGCAUGAUAAGCAGUGGGGUGAGGCGGGAGGAGGGGUGGGGCAGUGGUGGUGCUGCUGCUGGUACUGGUGCUGGUGCUGCUUCCGCUGCUGCCGGUACUGUCUCCACUACAGUCCCUGCUGCUGUGAUGCCAUAAUUCCCAUUGCUACUGCAGAGUCACGAGCAGCAGCAGCAGCAUCACCAUCACACUUGUGUGUUACUGCCUGCCACACAUAAAGUUGUGCUCUACCAGGGCUGAUAGCUGUAUAGAAUGCUGCAGAUAUGAGCUGUGGCUCAUUAACAAUACUAGAAUCACAGGAAUUUAUUGCGUCUUGCUUACGACCUUGUGUGUGGUUGUGUAUUUAGGUAGGACGGUGUCACCUUAGGGCACUGUAUCUACAUAUUUAUGUAAUAGAGGAUUUCCUUCAAC